GCGUGCGCGCGCGCGCGUCGGCGUGAAGCCCUCUCCGCUCAGCGUCGGCGCUGCAGAGGCUGUAGGUGGACGACGGCGAACGGAUAAAAAAAAAUCUAUAUCGGGAUCCCCGGUGCUGUCGGCAGCAGAAACGUGAACAGGUGGCGCGUUUAGUGUCUUAGCGCAGCGCGUCAAGGCGCAGGGACCCUCGACAGCUUGCCUCGCGCGCUAAUCUCCGCUCUGACGACAGCGCAUUUACGCGGCGCGCGUAAAAGCGGGACUAUGGCAAGUUUGGGUGUCCGGGUCUGAUCAGUCACCGCGAGCGUCACGCGUCAGUCUUGAUCGAGCGUUCGCCUCGGAGCAGAGCCUGCGGUUUUGAGCCUGGAACGCAAUAGUGAGAUAUGAGACUUUCUGGGAUUUUAUAAUCUGCGCUCUGUGUUUGGAUUGUGAAGAAGCUGCAAAGACCGACACUCACAACACAACAUGUUUCCAGAAAUAAAUAAUAAGACGUCACGACCGGAGGCCUUCCCUCACCCCCACAGACUCCCGGCAGAGGGGAACCGCAUUGGUACAAACAGACCCUGCUCGCAGAAGUUCAGCUCUGGCGUAGGGACGUUGCCUCAGCUCGAGCCGCCAGUGGUCCAGGUAGUGGUCAGCAAUGCCAAAAACCAGCAUCAGCAGUCGGACAACAUCCUGCCCCAAAUUGCCAACAAAGGGGGACAAAACAACUUUCAGGCACACCAGGACGAGAGGCUGAAGCCCACCCAGCAGUUCAACAUGCGCUUCGGUGGAACGAUGGAUAAAGUGUCAGUCUCUCGCAACAGCAAGAUUUUCAGCAACAAGCUGGAGAAAGAAAAAGCCUAUGAGGGUCAAAGGUUACCAAUGUGCCCCAUAGAUGCGCUGAAAAACUUCCAGGAGCGGCUGACAGAGUUUGAGCAGGAGGAGAUCAUGGACUACGCCGAGAUCUGGUUCCUGGGUCUUGGUUCUCAGAAGAUCGAGGCUUCCCAGGAGGCGCCGCAAAACUCAGGCUACGACGACGAGCACGGAAGCUACAUCAGGGUGCUACAUGACCAUAUUGCCUACCGGUUUGAAGUGCUUGAAGUGAUUGGAAAAGGCUCCUUUGGGCAGGUCCUAAAAUGUCUGGACCACAAAAACAAUGAGCUCGUGGCCAUUAAGAUGAUACGCAAUAAGAAAAGGUUUCAUCAUCAGGCUCUAGUCGAGCUGAAGAUCCUGGAUGUGAUAAAGAGGAAAGAUAAAGACAACCUCCAUAACGUCAUCCACAUGAAGGAGUACUUCUACUUCAGGAAUCACCUCUGCAUCUCUUUCGAGCUGCUUGGGGUGAACUUGUAUGAGCUCAUCAAAAAGAACAACUUCCAAGGCUUCAGCCUGGCUCUCAUCCGUCGCUUCACCCAUGCUCUUCUCAGGUGCCUGCAGAUGCUGCACAGAGAGAAAAUAAUCCACUGUGACCUUAAGCCGGAGAACAUCCUUCUGUCUCAGAAAGGACCAGGAAACAUCAAGGUGGUGGACUUCGGCUCAAGCUGUUACGAACAACAAAGAGUGUACACCUACAUCCAGAGCCGCUUCUACCGCUCCCCGGAGGUCAUCCUGGGUCACCCUUACAGCAUGGCCAUUGACAUGUGGAGUCUUGGUUGCAUCUUAGCUGAGCUUUACACAGGCUACCCUCUCUUCCCAGGAGAAAGUGAGGUGGAGCAGAUAGCUUGCAUAUUAGAGGUUCUGGGAAUGCCUCCCAAUGACUUUGUCCAGUCAGCAUCGAGGAGAAGGUUGUUCUUUGAUUCCAAAGGGAACCCGAGGAACAUGACUAACAGCAAAGGGAAAAAGAGGAGAGCCAACUCCAAGGAGCUGUCAGCUGCUCUGAAGACCAACGACGCUCUGUUCUUGGACUUCGUCAAACGCUGCCUCACAUGGGAUCCUGCCAAGCGCAUGACUCCGGAUGAGGGGUUACAGCACGAGUGGAUUCUUGAAGGAAAUUUCAACAAAGUUCGGCAAAGAGCCAGGCCCACGGUGAAGAGGACCUCAGAGAGUUCAAUCAGCACAGACAAGCAAAGUAACAGCAAGCCUGAGAGAGUUAGCUCAGACUGCAACACUAAUGACAAGCUAAAGAGAGACAGCUCAGAAAUUGGAUCAAAGAUGGCCGAGCGUCUGCGGCCCAUCGGAGCCUCGGCUGAGGAGGACGUGAGUGAAAGUGGGGGUAAAUUCUCCACGGAAACCCAGCAGCGAGAAGAAGGUGGCGAAAGGCCUGUCCACAUCAUCAUCCAGCCUCAGGAGGAAGUGGGCACAGAAAGGAAGGAUAGCCAGGAAACUCCUCAGUGUUUCCCCCCAAUCAUGUAACAAAUGAUGUGUGUGCAUUUAAAUGUUCAGGUCCGUGUCCACUGGCCAGUGAUUGAAAUGUUUAUGAAGACGCUCAUAGAAAGCCAACAAAAAAAUGUAUUUGUUUGGUGCAGUCAGAGCGUGAUGUCCUUCAUGAUGCUAUGUGCUGCAAACAUGUUAUGACCUGAGUUCCUGAAUUGUAAUUGGCUGAUGGAUGUUUUCCAGUGGCAGGUUCACACGCUCUGAAACAAAUGUUAUUAUGUGUCUGGGAUGUAAUAAUCAGCAUGAAUAUGGGGGGCUCAUCUUUUAUUUAUUUAUAAGGUCACAGUGUAUUAGUCCAUGCUGUUACUCAGUGUUUUUGCCACUGAGGUCAACCAGUUGUAUGUUUUAUAAAGGAGAUAAGAUGCAGUUGCAGGCAGGUGAGUGUCACUGUUAAGACAUUCUCGCUAUCUGUCACACAAAAAUGCACUUGUUUAUUUUAGAUAAAGGGGUGAAAAGCUAAAUGACUGCUGUCGCUAUCAUUCAUUUAAAUCGCUCUUUGCCAUGCGCUGAAAGCUAUUUUUACAGGUCAGAGUUUCCUUGUUAACAAUUAUGGAAACUUAACUACACAAAGUGCAUGAAGUCUUUUUAUUUCAUUUUCUUUUAGACAUUUUAGCCUAGAUGUGCUUUCAUGAUGGCAACAGAAGAUUU